UACUUUCAGGUGUUUCAUAUGUGCACAGUGAAUAGAUCGUUUCUUAUCCUUUUGAAUGUGAUCCUCAUUUCCAGACUCCUUGGGGCUAGAUGGUUUCCUAAAACUCUCCCCUGUGAUGUCAAGGUGGACGUGUCCCAGGAUCAGGUGAUCGUGGACUGCACAGACAAGCACCUUACAGAGAUCCCCAGAGGUAUUCCCAGCAAUGCCACCAACCUCACUCUCACCAUCAAUCACAUCCCAACCAUCUCCCCAGCCUCCUUCUACCAGCUGGAACAUCUCAUUGAAAUUGACUUCCGAUGCAACUGUGUACCUAUUCGACUGGGGCCCAAAGACCGCAUUUGCACCAAGAGACUGCAAGUUACACCCCACAGUUUCAGUGGACUAACGUCUUUAAGAGCGCUUUACCUAGAUGGAAACCAGCUUCUAGAGAUCCCUCAGGGUUUGCCUUCCAGUUUAAAGCUGCUAAGUCUUGAAGCCAACACCAUCUCUUCCAUCACGAAAGAAAACGUAACAGAACUGGCCAGCAUAGAAAUGCUGUACCUGGGCCAAAACUGUUAUUUUCGCAACCCGUGUAACGUUUCCUUCUCAAUAGAAAAAGAUGCCUUCCUGAACCUGAAGAAUUUGAAAGUGCUGUCACUGAAAGAUAACAACAUCACUGCAGUCCCCACUGUUUUGCCAUCUUCUUUAAUGGAGCUCUAUCUUUACAACAACAUGAUCACUAAAAUCCAAGAAGGUGAUUUUAAUAACCUCAACCAGCUGCAACUUCUGGACCUCAGUGGAAAUUGCCCCCGUUGUUACAGUGUGCCAUACCCUUGCAUACCCUGUGAAAAUAAUGCUCCCCUACAGAUCCAGGAAAAUGCUUUUGAUGCAUUACAAGAAUUAAGAAUUUUACGUCUACAUAGUAACUCACUUCAGUUUGUGCCUGAAAGAUUGUUUCAAAACCUGGGCAAACUCGAGGAGCUAGACCUUUCCCAAAACUACCUAGCCAAAACAAUUUCUGACGCCAGAUUUUUGUAUUCUCUUCCCAACCUCAUCCAGUUGGAUCUGUCUUUCAAUUAUGAGCUCCAGGUCUAUCAUGCAUUUAUGAAUCUCUCAAAUGCAUUUUCCUCACUAAAAAAUCUGAGACUUUUGCGGAUGAAAGGCUACGUCUUUAAAGAGUUGACAAGUCCUGACCUCUCCCCUUUACAGAGUCUUCAAAAUCUUGAAGUUCUUGAUCUUGGCACUAACUUCAUCAAAAUUGUGGACAUCAAUAUAUUUAAACAGUUCGAGAGGUUGAAAGUCAUAGAUCUUUCCGUGAAUAAAAUAUCACCUUCAGGAGACUCAAGUAAUGUUGGCUUCUGCUCUAACACCAGGACUUUGGUGGACAGCUAUGGACCCCAGGUCCUUGAACACGAGUACUAUUUCAAAUAUGAUGAGAAUGCCAGGAGUUGUAGGUUCAAAAACAGGGAGAUGCCUUCUUUUUUGUCCUUUAAUGAAGAAUGCAAUAAGUAUAGGCCUACCUUGGAUUUAAGCAAAAAUAAUAUCUUUUUUAUCAAGUCCACAGAUUAUAAAAACCUUUCCUUUCUUCAGUGCUUAAAUUUAUCUGGAAACUCAAUUAGCCAAACAUUGAAUGGCAGUGAAUUCCAGCAUUUAGUGGAGUUGAAAUAUUUGGACUUUUCAAACAACCGUGUCGAUUUACUCCACUCUACCGCAUUUAAUGAGCUGCACAAUCUAGAAGUUCUGGAUAUAAGUAAUAAUGGCCAUUAUUUUGAAUCCGAAGGACUUACUCAUAUGCUUAACUUCACAAAGAACCUAAAACUCCUGACCAAACUGAUGAUGAACUACAAUGGCAUCUCUACCUCCGCCAGCAGGACCAUGGAGAGCGACUCUCUUAAGACUCUGGAAUUCAGAGGAAACCACUUGGAUGUCAUGUGGAGAGAUGGCGACACUAGAUACUUGGAAUUCUUCAAGCAUCUGAUAAACUUAGAAGCAUUAGACAUCUCUGAAAAUUCCCUGAGUUUCUUGCCUCCCGGAGUUUUUGAUGGUAUGCCCCCAAAUCUAAAGAACCUCUCAUUGGCCCAGAAUGGACUCAAGUCCUUCAACUGGAAAAAACUCCAGGUUCUGAAAAAUCUGGAAACUUUGGACCUCAGCAGAAACCAGCUGAAGACUGUCCCUGACAGAUUAGCCAACUGUUCCAGCAGCCUCAAGAGACUGAUUCUUAGGAAGAAUCAAAUCAGGUGUCUGACCAAGUAUUUCCUGCAGGAUGCUUUCCAUUUGCAAUAUCUGGACCUCAGCUCAAAUAAAAUCCAGAUUAUCCAAAAGACCAGCUUUCCAGAAAAUGUCCUCAACAAUCUGGAGAUGUUGCUUUUGCACCAUAAUCGCUUUCUGUGCACUUGUGAUGCUGUGUGGUUUGUCUGGUGGGUUAAUCACACCGAGGUCACGAUUCCUUACCUGGCCACUGAGGUGACUUGUGUGGGGCCAGGAGCACACAGAGGCCAGAGUGUGGUCUCCCUGGAUCUCUAUACCUGCGAGUUGGACCUGACUAACCUGAUUCUGUAUUCCUUUUCCGUUUCUGUGGCUAUCUUUCUGAUGGUGGUUACAACAGUAAGUCACCUCUAUUUCUGGGAUGUGUGGUAUAGUUACUAUUUCUGCAAGGCCAAGUUAAGGGGAUAUCAGCGUCUGCUGUCACUAGAUUCUUGUUACGAUGCUUUCAUUGUGUAUGACACUAAAGAUCCAGCUGUGACGGAAUGGGUUUUGCAUGAGCUGGUGGUUCAGUUGGAAGACCCAAGAGAGAAACGUUUUAAUUUGUGUCUUGAGGAAAGGGAUUGGUUACCAGGGCAGCCAGUUCUGGAAAACCUUUCCCAGAGCAUACAGUUAAGCAAAAAGACCGUGUUUGUGAUGACAAACAGAUAUGCAAAGACUCAGAACUUCAAGAUAGCAUUUUACCUUUCCCAUCAGAGGCUUAUAGAGGAAAAAGUAGAUGUGAUUAUCUUGAUAUUCCUCCAGAAACCUCUUCAGAAAUCCAAAUUCCUCCAGCUCCGGAAGAGGCUCUGUAGGAGUUCUGUUCUUGAGUGGCCCACAAACCCACAGGCUCAUCCGUACUUCUGGCAGUGUCUGAAAAAUGCUUUGGCCAUGGACAAUCACGUGGCCUAUAGUAAAGUGUUCAAAGAGACAGCCUAG